AUGAACAAGGCUACGCUAGUGAGGUGCUUCAGAGGUAUCGAAGACAGCUUUUCGUGCAACGAGGCCAGGAUCAACCCGUAUCUAUUUGCGCAGAAGCAGCUAAAGAUCGUCACCAACUGUGCAAUCGCACUCACCAAGAUAGAUCCGCAUGAGCCUGGAGCCGUGACGCACACGCUGCUCGGGACAUUCACCCGACAUGCCAAGCGGAUCCUGAGCGAAACACACAAACUUUGUGCGGAUAGUACGACAUCGCCUCGACUAGGAUACAAAAUCUCGGCGAAUCAAGACCCACACGCGGCCGCUGCAACGCUCAGACAGAGGAUUUUGAAGCUGCAAAAUGAAGCGUCGCUUGCGUUCACCCUCGCAAUGUGUGCUCAGAAUACCCACGAACAUGAGCGACAGUGCAUGGGAGGAGUGCUCCCGCCAGUGGAACCGCGCUUGUGCACGGACCGGAGCGUUGUUGCGCUCAUUGGCGCGCUGCACAAAGGAGAACGCUUCAAAAGCGAAGGAAGCUCCGAAACAGCCGAACGAUGCUUCAAACACCUUAUAGACAGGUCGCAGUCCAUUCGCAGGCUCACCUGCCGGGAGUGCUCGCUGCUGCUGUGGAGGCGCGUCGCCACGCACUACAUGAACGCCGCCGCCACCGAUGACUGUGUCAGGCAGACCAGCACCCUGAUUUACCACUGCUACGAGAAACUGAAAGACGAGGUGUUUAUGAAUUUCGGGGACGACCCUCCGGGGACGUCAGACCCACGACAGGACCAAGGGCCACCCGCGCUUCCCGAUGAACGGGCGUUAAAGCGGCUCCAGCAAACGCUUUCCAACGUCAGCCAGGCUGCGCUGAUAAUGCGGCAUUGCGAGUCGCCAUCCGGGGCGGCAAGUUUGCUGCACGCCCUGGGUCCCUCUUCGAUCCGCAGGCUCAGCCACAUGUUGACGCUGGCGUGGCGGCUGCAGGGCCGGGCCCAGCGCAGCCACAAGUCCAGCGACACCCACACGAAGGUGGGGCUGGCCGUCGCAGACGCCAUGGACGGGAGACGCAUGCGGUGCACCUACGAAAGCGCCGUGGGGAACAGUGCGUACACGGUUGACAUACUGGUCACAGCUCCCUGA